CCGAGGCCGCGGUGCCAGUGCUCCCACUGCUCCCGCUGCCUCCAGCGCUCAGCGUCUCGCCGCCGCCCCGUCGCCACCCCGCCGACACCAUGGAGGCCAUCAAGAAGAAGAUGCAGAUGCUGAAGCUGGACAAGGAGAACGCCAUCGACCGCGCCGAGCAGGCGGAGGCUGACAAGAAGCAAGCAGAGGACCGCUGCAAGCAGCUGGAGGAGGAACAGCAGAGUCUGCAGAAGAAACUGAAGGGCACAGAGGAUGAGGUGGAGAAGUACUCUGAGUCUGUCAAGGAGGCCCAGGAGAAGCUGGAGCAGGCGGAGAAGAAAGCUACAGACGCUGAGGCUGAAGUGGCUUCUCUGAACCGCCGUAUCCAGCUGGUGGAGGAGGAGCUGGACCGAGCCCAGGAGCGUCUGGCCACUGCCCUGCAGAAAUUGGAAGAGGCUGAAAAAGCAGCUGAUGAGAGUGAGAGAGGCAUGAAGGUCAUCGAAAACAGGGCCAUGAAAGAUGAGGAGAAGAUGGAGCUCCAGGAAAUGCAGCUGAAGGAGGCAAAGCACAUAGCAGAGGAGGCUGACCGCAAAUACGAGGAGGUUGCUCGCAAGCUGGUUGUCCUUGAGGGAGAGCUGGAGCGCUCAGAGGAGAGAGCAGAGGUGGCAGAGAGCCGCAUGAGACAGCUGGAAGAAGAGCUGCGGACCAUGGACCAGUCUCUCAAAUCCCUCAUUGCCUCAGAGGAAGAGUACUCCACCAAGGAGGACAAGUACGAGGAGGAAAUCAAGCUUCUAGGGGAAAAACUGAAGGAGGCUGAGACCCGGGCAGAGUUUGCAGAGAGAUCUGUGGCCAAGCUGGAGAAAACUAUUGACGACCUAGAAGAGAACCUGGCCAGUGCCAAAGAAGAGAACGUGGGCAUCCACCAGGUUCUGGACCAGACUUUGUUGGAGCUGAACAACCUCUGAGCUGUGCUGGGGAGCCCCCAUCCCUCUCCCUUACCCCACACAUGCACCCCGCUGGCACGCUCAGGAUGUUAUCAGCUGAACUGCGUUUUGGCCAAAUCCACACGUCCAUUGAGAAGGGAAGCCCUGCAGCCUUAGACUAUGGCUUGCAGGAAUCUUGUCUGUCCACAGCCUGACUGGCUUUGUCCUGUCUUCAUGUCCCAAUAUUAAAGCAGUUUGACAAGA